AUGCAACUACCCCCAAAGAUUAAGGUGCCUGAAUUCCAGAGGUACUACGGCACGACCGAACCUCGUCACCAUCUCCGCCACUACCGGGGAAAAAUGCUGCAGUACUGGGACUACGAAGAGUUUGUCAUCCAUACGUUCCAGGAUAGUUUGGCAGGAGCGGCUCUGGAUUGGUACAUGUCAUUGAAAGCUGCAGAUAUCCCCACGUGGGCAGACCUCUCAAGCAAAUUCAUCGACCAGUACAGGUACUGUGCGGAGACGCCCCCGACUCUGCUGGAGCUCAGCACGAUGGAGAUGACCGAGGACCAGAGCUUCGAGGCCUAUGCAGUGAAGUGGCGAGCUAGAGCGGCGAAGCACGUCCCUCCGAUCAGUGAGGCACAGCAGAUCCAAUUAUUCCACUCCACUCUUAAAGGGGCCUACUACUUGCACUUGUUGGCCCACACGUCUUCAUUCUCCAACCUUAUCGACGUCGGAAAGAAGCUCGACAUCGGCAUUAAGCUCGGCAAGAUAGAAGGUCCGGUCGAGAAAAAGGAGGGAGAGUCCUCGAAGAGGGCCGCCACUGGGACAACGGGAAACAGGAGAGGGAAAAACACGUCCGUCAACGCUGUCAACUCAGGGCACCAGGCUCCCCAACAAUAUUCCAUAAGCUACACGCCCGCACCACCGGCCACUCAAGCGUAUGCCCCACCUUCGGUGCAUUAUCAACAACAACCCCCAACACAGCAAGCUUACUAUUCCGCUCCGCCGGCUUCCUUUCCUUCGUCGGUCCCGCAGCAAUACGCCCAUAAUUAUGCCCCUGCUCCUCCUCCGAUUCAACAAAGUAGGCCCCCGGCUUCGACAACUCCUCAGCCGGUGCAACGGGCUCCGGUUCCGCAGGACCAACAAGGCAUCGCAACACAAACGCGGCGUAAACAGUUCUCACCUCUGCCGGCUCCGCUCUCCCACAUAUACCGGCAACUCCUCGCGGGUAACAAGAUUCGAUCAAUAGCACCUAACCCUGAUUUCGACCCAACCAUCCAAGAUCAGAGUUGGCGCUGCGAGUACCAUCAGGGUGCACCCGGUCACACCACUGACAAUUGUUGGAAACUACGGGAGAGGAUCCAACAGUUGAUUGAUGACAAGCAACUCACGUUCAACGCCGUCGAACCCCCGAACGUGCAAUCAAGUCCUCUUCCCGAUCACGGGUCGAGCUCGGGACCCAGCAUUAACAUGAUCAGCGUUUGCGCUAUAGGGGAGUACGAGACCGGACAGGAGGCACCGGCCCCGUUUGUGAUCGAAUAUGUUCCUGCAGAAGCUGGUGUAGGGUACGCAGGGUUCGAUGCCACGCCCGCCCCAUUCGUGAUAGAAGUCCCCGCACGAGAGCCAUAUCAAGACAGCAAGGUCCCGUGGACCUACGAGGGAAGUGUUGGGAACCUCGAGAGCCAAUUUAGCGUCAUGGGCGUGACGCACUCGGGUCGAGUCUAUGAAAAUCCGAAGGCUGCAAACAAAGGGAAAGCCCUGACAGUGCCCAGAGUCGCCCCGGAAGCUUCGUCUAUUCCCCAGAAGAAGGUGACUGAAGAGGAGGCCGAGGCUUUCCUGAAGAUUAUCAAAGCAAGCGAGUACAAGGUUGUUGAACAAAUGGGCAAGUCUCCGGCCCAUAUUUCGCUACUCGCCCUCCUCUUGGGUUCAGAGCCACAUCGUGAAGCGCUUCUGAAGGUCCUGACAGCAGCGCAAAUCCCCAAAGAGACGGCUCCGAAGCGGAUUGAGGAGACUAUCAAUUCGAUCUUCUCCAACAACAUUUCAUUUUCAGAUGAUGAACUUCCCUCAGAAGGCUUGUUGCUCGGGAGACCGUGGAUCCAUGCAGCUGGCGCCGUUCCUUCGUCCCUACACCAAAGGAUCAAAUUCAUCGCAGAAGAUCGACUUAUCACGGUCAAGGGUGAGGAGGACUACGCCAUUUACAAGGAGACAGCUGUUCCCUAUAUCACAAUUGAGUGGGACGAGGAAUGUCAGAAGGCCAUCGAUACUAUCAAGGCAUAUUUGGCUCAGCCACCAGUGCUAGUUCCGCCGACACCAAAUCGUCCGCUGAUACUUUACUUGACAAUUUGGUUGGGGUUUCCCACAUUCCAUUCUUUAGGGUGGAUGACCCAUAGGAUUUUAGCUGUAGAAUGGGAUAUGGUGUUUGAUGAAUCAGGAACGAGGAACGAUUUGCCCAGAGCUCUCUCCCUUGCUGAUCUCAGGCUUAGGAGGAGAUAUUCCAUAAAGCACUAG